GGGAGAGAAGACAAUCUGAUUCAGCCUUUGUCGUUUCCUUCCUAUUGGAAUUUCCUUCCUCUGCAAAACUUCCCACUCUUGCCAUUUUCUCUAACCUCUACUUUCUGCGUUAUUCAAAUAGCGUAUCGUGCAAAUUUCUGUAUUGGUCGUGUCAUAUUAAUGUUUGUUGGAAGCUCAGCAGGUUGUGCCGACGGUUGAUUGGUCUCUGAAGGAAGCAAUUCCCCGUGAUUUACUGGAGACAAUGGGUUAUAUUGGGGCGCAUGGUGUAGCAGCUCUGCGUAGAUACAAAUAUAGUGGUGUAGAUCAUUCCUAUAUCGCCAAAUAUGUGCUUCAACCCUUCUGGACUCGCUUUGUUAAAAUUUUUCCUCUAUGGAUGCCGUGAGUACUUUCAUUUUCCCCACAAGGUUCUCUCCAUGUCAUCGCUUAAUGAUGCAUGAUAAUAACUUUCAUUUACCAGUAUAUCAUGAACAUCAUUGGGACUGAUUAAUUUUUGACAUUGAUAGUGUUUAGGCUUUUAGUGUUGUCAGUUUCAACUAAAGGCAUGCGGAGUAGCAUUAUCCUGUGUGUGAACCGAUUUUGGUUCAAUUUUUAUUAUUCAGAAUUUAUAUUGGAAUAACUGGACUAAUUUCGUUGCUUGUGUUCUCAACUUCUCUUAGAAGUGGGUUUAGGCUUGAAUUAGCCAUCAAUAACAGUUAAGAGAUUUUACUUUAAGUCCUACUAAGAACACUUGGAAAGGUACUGUACACUUGAAAGUGCUUCCCCUGGCCUUUGUGGCAGCAAGAUCAGAGGAAUUAACACCUCCAUUCCCUGGCUAUAUUAAAUAAAUGUUGUCAUUAUGUUACUUUGGUUAUGGUUUUUGUUUUUUAUAGUGCAUGUUUAACUAUUGUGUUCUGAAUUGAACUAACUUCUCUACUUUUAUCUUUCUACCAUCUGUUGGCAUCUUGGCCUUCUGGAAUCCUUUUGCAGUCCGAACAUGAUAACUCUUACAGGAUUCAUGUUCUUAGUCCUGUCUGCUCUACUUGGCUAUAUUUACUCACCUCGUUUGGACUCACCUCCACCAAGAUGGGUUCACUUAGCUCAUGGAUUGCUUCUGUUUUUAUACCAGACGUUUGAUGCUGUUGAUGGGAAGCAAGCUCGACGAACUAACUCUUCUAGCCCAUUGGGUGAAUUAUUUGAUCAUGGAUGUGAUGCCCUUGCUUGCACGUUUGAAUCAUUGGCUUUUGGGAGCUCCGUGAUGUGUGGAAGAGAUACUUUCUGGUGGUGGUUAAUAUCUGCAAUCCCAUUUUAUGGUGCAACUUGGGAACACUAUUUCACUAAUUGCCUUAUCCUUCCGGUUGUUAAUGGUCCUACAGAGGGUCUUAUGAUAAUAUACCUCCUCCACUUUUUUACCGCUUUAGUUGGUGCUCGGUGGUGGGCUCAACAGUUGGUAAAAUCCAUGCCCUUUUUAAGCUGGGUACCGUUUCUAGAGGGAAUUCCAACAUACAGUGCUGUCUUGUAUUUUGUGAUAAUUUCUGGUGUUAUACCAACAGUCGCGUUUAAUAUUCACAAUGUUUAUAAAAUUGUUCGAGCCAAAAAGCAAAGAAUGCGGGUUGCAUUGGCAAUGCUUUAUCCAUUUGUUUUACUCAUUGGAGGAGUUCUUUUGUGGGAUUAUUUGUCACCAUCUGAUAUCCUAGGGGACUACCCACAUUUAGUUGUUCUAGGAGCAGGACUUGCUUUUGGGUUUCUUGUGGGAAGGAUGAUUUUGUCUCACUUGUGUGAUGAACCCAAGGGCUUAAAGACUGGAAUGUGCAUGUCGUUGCUGUAUCUCCCAUUGGCCAUUGCUAAUGCACUUUCGUCAAGGCUGAAUGAUGGGGUUCCUUUAGUAAAUGAGAGAUUAGUUCUUCUUGGUUUUUGUGCAUAUUCAGUGAUUAUUUAUAUGCACUUUGCCACGUCUGUCAUUCAUGAGAUUACAGCUGCCUUGGGAAUAUGCUGCUUCAGGAUAACUAGGAAAGAAGCUUAAAUAGUUAAAUUUGCUAAUGUUUUACUUCUUGGAGACAAAGUGAAACAAAAUAGUGUCAGGGUUAUGGUCAAUGUAUUUUUUGCUAUAUUGACAAUUUGGAAAACUUGUAGAGGAUUUGAAUCAUAUAUAUGUACUUAAAAUUGAUAUUUUUUUUAGAUGCAUGGGAUAUUUUGUUGUUC